UAAGCGAGUGGAUUCACGAGCAGCGCCAGCCUCCGUGUAUCUGCCCUGGUAGAUACAAGCAAUGUGCACAUCACUAAACAAUGUACUCCACUGGCAUGCAUUCGGCUAAUGACGACCAGGAGUGACACGGAGCGGGCACCUGCUGCAACCUACAGGAGGAGUUGUUUUCUAUCUGGGGCUUUCUUUCAGUAGUGUUAUUUUACCCCAUCAGAUUACUGGUCAUUGAUACGUGAUGGCGGGUGUGAGUUUGAAAUUGUUCGCAGUGGUGCUGAUUGUUUCAGUGAAACCUGUGUGUCCUCUCACGAAGGCUCCAAUUCGGGACACAGAGUACGGAGAGGUGCAGGGAAUGGUCACAACACCCAUCCAAGGACGGUCGGUGGCAAAUUACCUGGGAAUUCCAUACGCAAAACCUCCAAUUAAUAAUCUCAGGUUUGAGAAGACACAGAGGCCUGACCCCUGGGACGAGGUCAAGGUUACCGAUGAACUCCCUCCAGCCUGUCCCCAGACCCCUGACAUGACCUACGUGAACCUGCACUCCAAGGGCUUCAACAAGGAGGAUGAAGAUUGCCUGUACAUCAACGUAUUUGUACCUCUGCGGGGGCCAGCUAAGAUGGCGGUGUUUGUUUACGUUCACGGGGGCUCCAACCGAGUAGGAAUGGGGGCGAUGUUGAGAGGAGAUAUUCUGGCGGCAUUCGGAGACAUCAUUGUUGUUAAUUUUAAUUACCGUCUAGGUUCCCUGGGAUUCUAUGCGGCGAGGAAGGAGGGUUUGACGGGGAAUUAUGGGUUCUUUGACCAGGUGACAGCCUUGAAUUGGGUCAAGGACAAUAUCGCCAAUUUUGGAGGUGACCCGGAUAUGAUUACUAUCGCCGGACACAGCGCAGGCGCAGCUGACGUCGGGUUUCACGUGAUUUCGCCAUUAAGCAAAGGGCUGUUCCGCCGCGCCAUGAUAAUGAGCGGGUCCCCGAUCGCAUUCUGGGGGUUAGCCGCCCCCCACUGGAAGCCGGGCUACAACAUUGCGGAGUACUGCGACAGAGAGCUGUGUCCCAGAAACAGAGACCCGCGGGAUUUCCGGGACUAUUUGAUGAAACUUCCCUGGGAAACGUUCACCAAGCGCGAGGUCACGCCCAUUCCUACUGACUACACGGAAGUGCUGACGUUUCCGGUCUCCAUUGUUGACGGCGAAUUCAUCACUGAGCGCCCGGAAACGGCCAUUCCAGCCAGGAGAACCAACUGUGAAUCGUUCGUCUUCUCUGUGACAAGGGACGAGGGCUCCAUUGACGUGAAGUUUGUGCUGGAUAAUAUGAAGAAAAAGACUGGCAAAUUUGAUGAGGAAACUUUCCGUGAAGUUUUAAAGUGGUACAAACCCAUCUAUCCCAACGUUCCAAACCUUAGAGACCUUAUUCUACACGAGUACGGAGGGUGGGAAAAGUUUCCUAACCACACAGAAGAAACCAGUGUACUGGAGCGCUACACAAAGAUGGAGAGUGACAUUGUCUUUGUGGCUCCAAUGGUCAAGCUCGCUGACCUUCUGACGUCGGCAGAUGUCAAGGACAUCACUUUCUUUUCCUUUGACUACCGGUCGCCGUCCUCCCCAUUACAGGAGUGGGAGGGAGUUCCCCAUGGUGCAGAUCUGUUCUACAUAUUUGGUAUUCCGUACACUGGAGUACCUCCUUACAACAAACAAGACAUAGAGGCCAGUAGUCUGAUGAUGACCAUGUGGUCCAACUACGUCAAAACAGGGAUAUUUUCAACUAACUCUACGCCAUUUGUAAAGUACCAGAACUCUAGAUCCUUCAGCAAUUUGUUAUUGGAGGACGGGAACUUGACUGUUAGAUCCCAGGACAACUACAAUGCCCAGAGAAUGGCCUUCUGGAACUCCUUACUGCCUACCCUGGGGAAUUCCCGCUCGGCCACCUGCUCUUCCGCCGGGCGACCCCACCCAGUGGUCUCCCUUGUUACCAGUGCCAUCUGUUUUACGUGUGCACUUUACGUGUGCAAAGGUUUCCUGAACUCUAAGCUCUCACGACACAACAAGAACAUCUUCCGAUGGAAGGCCCAGUUACGACGGUUCUGCGAUUCGUCGCAUGACCAGUGCUCCAUUACGACUGACUUCACCUGUCUGGAGCAGAAGGGACAGGUGGCGCCCGGCAGGUACGACGAGCUGAUAGACGUGUUCGGUAACGUGGACCCCCGGGCCGUGGACAUCAUCCGUAAUACAGCCGCCAAGUUCGCGGAAAUUGAGAAAGAGAUACAGGAAUUAAAGACAUCAAAGAAGCGCUAUGCUUUGUUACGGUCAAAGAUUAAACAAAGCGAGAUAACUUCAGCCCAUUUAGAGAACAUGUACUAUAUACUGCACCACGUGCUACAACACAGCAAAGCGUCACACAGCUGGGAGAACGACCUACAACAAGUAGCUAAUGACGUCACAAUGCAAGUGUCCAACAAUAAGCCGGGAAAAGCACAGAAAUGGAGAUCAAUUAUAAACAGAGAGGAACUGAAGAAGUCGAUCAUAGAGAAAGGAAAUUCAUUAUCCAAGACACAUGAAAUGAGUCUGGACGUUUUGAUACAUAUCAAUUUGUUCAUAGGUACUUUUACAAAGACUACCCAGUACUCUCUGGAAACUAUUAAGCCGGAUGGGCUGUAUGUGCAAGGUCACGAACAAAAGUCCUAUAGCCCGGACUGCGCCGGAAGAGCGGUGGGCAAUUUUCUGAUUACUGUCUUUGCUUUGCUAGGAUACGAUAUGCACAAGGCCACUAUAUCAACAGACAUGGUGUUUGUGAACGAGGAGAUGUUUGAGAAAGCUUUAAAGCGGCGCUGGCCAAUUCCACCAAGUUUGAACGUAACGACUUCAGACGAAAAAGUCCCUGCAGUGAAUACUACAGAACCAGUUCACUACAAUGUGGUGUUUAGUUACCAGUGGGAUUCUAGAGAGGUCGUUCAAAAGGUCAAACAUUACCUGGAAAAGAACAAAGUCACGUGUUGGGUUGACACGGAUCACGUGACAGGAGACAAGCGUCCAGCAGUAGAAAAUGCGAUAGAGGAAGCAGACCUUUGCCUUAUGUUUUACUCUUUUAAGUACUUCAUCAGCAAGAACUGCCGACAAGAGGCGGAGUAUGCUGGUAAGCUGGGGAAGAUCAUCAUUCCCGUCAAAGUAAACAGAGACUACGACCCCAAGGGCUGGCUGGGAAACAUAGUUGGCGCUAAACGCGUGUUCGAAUUUUCUGGAAAGUAUCCCUUUGAACGACAAGCCCCGGAGCUUUUAACACAAAUUCGCAUCUGUCUGAAAAACCUUCCGCCGAAACCGACAAAGGACGACGAGACGACGAAAGAUUCCAGUAGAGAGCGGAAGCCACAAGUUGAUGGAGAUAACUUAGGUAUGGAAUAUCUUCAUCUGAUCGGUAGGAUACAAACCAAAGUCCGACCCGGGAUCGGACAGCUCACUUGUAAAGAUGGCCGGAUCUGGGUCGGAAAUGGGGACAAUCUAUUGGUCUGUAUCGAUCAGGAGGGAAUCGAAAUGGAAACCGUGUGUCUAGGACAAGGACAGCUCAAGUACCACGCCUUGGCGGAGGAAGGGAACGUUUAUCUCAUUAACCAGAACAGUCUGAUGAAGCGAGUGCGGAGGCAGUUACGUCCCUUUAUUUCUUACUUUGCAAACGGGGAUACGCCUAUGUGUGUAGCUCGUUCUUCCGAAAAUGGCGACCUAAUCAUAGGACUUUAUAAUCAGGAGGAAAAACGAUGUAAAGUAGCGAGAUAUAGCGACACAGGAAAAGAAAUGUUCGUAGUAGAAAACGAUUUAGAGGGCCAGGCUAUUUUAGAGUGGCCUCUUCAAAUAACUACUAAGAAAAACGAUCAAAUUUGUAUUUGUGAUUCUAAAAAGGGGUUGGUAGUGCUGGAGGGGUCCGGAAAACACCUGUGUACCUAUUCGAUUGACAACCCCUGUGGUCUAUGUGUGGACAAUGAGGACAGAGUAUUAGUUUGUAAUGGAAGCAACCGGAUAUACGUCAUUUCACCGGAAGGACAAUUGCUGCGCCCAUACCGUGUCAACAAACACCGAGCGACGGCCAUUAGUGUUCUACUUAAUUCAAGUUUGCUUGUAGGUUUUAAAAAGUCGGGUACAAUAGAAGUGUAUCGUUAUGAUUUACACGGAAUAAACGAUACCUGAUACAUUUUUGGGAGUUGAUUUUAAUCAACUCUCCUAUGCAGUUACUCUGGCAAACCGAAAGUGAAACAGUGUUUGGACCUAAGCACAAUUCAUCACCGAUGACAAGACUUAGCUCUUGAAAAUAAUAGAAAAAUUCGAUGGAAUGUAUGCUGAAGCAUUGUUUUUCAAGGAAACUUAUCUAUAAACACUUUGAAAAUAGUCAGAUUUUAUAUAAUACGAACAAUUUAGAUAUUUUUGUAGUCUCAUGUGUUCCUACGCCAGAGUUUAAUAAAGUCUCGUUCAACCAGACGCUCGGCUGUCUCCGUAAAUCUCCGACAAGCAGAGAGGCUCUCUUGCUUGUCGGAGAUUAACGGAGACAGCCGAGCGUCUGUUUGAACGAGACUAGAGUUCAAUAUCAAUAGUGCCUGGAUCCAUACGAUUAUUAGAAUUGUUUCGAUUACUAAUAAAUAGUUUGAAAUCUAUCUUUAAAUAUUACACAACAUGAUUCAUAUGGGGUUUCUCGAAAUUCUUGUCGGAAAUGUCUAAAAAUUCAUAUCAUUAAAAAAAGAGUAAUUCAAAUACAGACUAUAAACUAAUUGCCAUGCAAGAUAAGUUGAUUUUAAAAUAAAUGAUAAUCGAUAAAAUCAACUCCCGUCAGUACUUCAGUACUUUGGUUAUCAAAUGUAAAAAUGAAGACGAUUUAUAGCAUGCAUUUCUACAGCCAUUCUAAUGUCACUGGAUUUUUUACUUCCUUUCAGUACGGAUAUACAUGUGAAGUUUUUCCAUAGUUUUCAUUUGAUCCCACAACUUUUAAAUAUGACAUCAAAAGGUUAACCUUUUCCCGGCAUGUUCGCAUUUUUUAGCAUAAAACAGCUUGUUCUUUCAAAAACACCCUGAGCGAUUGCUUAAACAAACAAUAUAUUUUCAUCAAAGACGUAUAUAUCCAAGCCUUUAACUGACUAAAAGGGUUUUUAUUGUUCAAAGCGUCGCUCUAUUUUUCCCAUUUAAAUCAAUAUUAGAAAAAAAUGUCAAUUUUUGACAGAUUUUGAUGGAAUUAAAAAAAUAGCACCACUUCUAAAAUCAUAUUCUAUCAGUGAAAGCAAACAAAUCAGAUAAAUAGGUGAAAAUAUAUCUUUUGUUCACAAAUUUAAAAAUAACAUACCAAUUCGAUGUAACGUUUAAAAAUUGCGAACUAUGGGGGCCAGUAUCAUCAAUAGUUAUGUUCAUUGUUAUCUAGCCUAUCAGGAACUAUUUUUCUUACAUAGAAUAAUUGCAAUUUUUGUCUCUAGUAUGGAAUACAUCGUAAAUCUAUACUUAAAUCGACCGCUCUCUGUUUAAAACUGAUGGUCUUUUGAAUAUAAGUUGUUAACUUUUAAUAUUGUGAAUUUUUUUUCCAGUUCAAAAGGUUGUAGUUUUUUUUUACCAUUUCAUUGAUGUAAAGAAUAUUUCGUUGGAUCGUUUUUUAUAAAUAGUUGAUUAUAUACCUCUUAAAAUGAUAGUAAAAUAAACACAACGCCAAGUUGUAAUUUAAAUUU